UUCCCUUGGGCUGUGUAUUGAGAACGGUAUGAAUAUACUUUAUUUAUUUCCUGUUGCAGUUAUGCUCGCACCUACGAAAGCUCCUUGAGAUAUGCUGUGCUAGGAAGGAAAGGCUCCACCAGCGGUGCCUGGUUUGCCAGCCAGUGUGGGGCGGGCUCUAAAAUAGUGAUGGUCUGACUCUGAGCGCUUGGACUAUUCUUUCUCAUCUUCCUCCUCCCACCUCCCUUCGGCUGUCUGCUUGCAUUGAAAAUCACAGUGCAGCCUACAGCCACCUGAGGAGAAAACGUCUGCCCGGUCGCGAGACGGGGCUUCGGCUGCAGGUGUACAGGAGUAGGGCAGCACGACCGGCUGUAUGGGGGAUGGGAUUAGCACGAGCCGCUAGUCACCAAGAACGAAACAAGGGAUAUAUGUACGGAUGGCAAAAAAGAAAACCGUGUUGCAUUGAAGUAGGUCCUUGAACCCCUGGUGAGUGACCCACCAAUUUCCAUCACUACCAUUUAAUCGCAACUUGACCUUCUGAAGAGGCAGAAGCAUACAACGGACCUUGUAUGUGCAUAUACACACUGCGGUAAUAUAGUCGGAUAUGUCAUUUGAGAUGUUUUUCUCCGAACUGUUCUGUUUAGAUAUUUGUCCUAGUCACAGUGAAGCCUGACGAUUAAGCUUACCAUUCACCCACCACACGGUUUCGAUGUGCUGACAGUUUGAGCACGAGGAAUACGGUUUAGAAAGAUGCAAAGACACCACUAACUUAUAUUUCAAGCAGCAAGCAAAGCAUAUACUUGCAAUGAAUGGGGACAGCAAAGAUCCUUUGUACUCUGAGAACAGUCAUGAAGCAUGCUCUUCAGAUGUGGCUGUGUAUCCUCAUAGGAGUGAAAAUGAACAGCUACCAGAUGAAGACUGUUUAUUUAAAAGCCUCAGCCAAGAUAAAAAUACAUUUUUCCCAAAAACUGCUGAAGAUUGGAGCUUAUCAAAUACAAACAACAGCAAUGGGACUGAAUAUGUGGAGAGGACACCAGGAGAUGCAGCCAAAAUUCAUGUACAGGGCACAGAGGACAUGCUAGACCCAAAUGAAAAAGAAUCUUUUGGUUCUGAGAGCAGGCACAAUGAAGCCAUGGAAACUGCUACUGAUAAGGAAUUUGGAAUGAUGAUGCACAAAGCUGCAUGUGCAGAUCCUGUGGAAAUCAGUGAACAUGUAGAUACAGUCAAUGGAUUUUAUAAUCUUGAGGAAAAUGAAACAAAUUCCGGAAACUGUGACUUAUGCUGUGAAGAAAAAAAUAUACAGUUUCAAAUGCAUAAUGAUACAGAGAAAAUAAGUACAACUGAAGAGGAAAAACAUUUAAGGUCUACGGUACAAGAAAAACACAUGGAUUUUGUGUCUGGCACAGAAAAGGAACAAGUUCAGAUGAAAGAUAAUAGAGAUGGUUUCAGUUCUACAUUUGAAAGAAUUGUGGAGUCUGACCUCAUGAAAGGGACUUAUUAUAGUAGCUUGGAUUCUUUGGAUGUGUUGUCCCUAACUGAUGAGACAGACAGCUGUGUCAGUUUUGAGGCUCCCCUUACACCGUUAAUUCAGCAAAGAGUUAAAGAGGGGACAGAGGUUUUAGAACAAAAGUUAAUAACUCAUGAGCAAGAAGAGUUGAACGUAGCUGAUAAUGAAACUGAAGAAGAGGCAUCAAAACCAACUGAAAGCAACUAUGACAGUCCUUUGAGACACCCAAUAACCAGCAGCAGAUCAGAAAAUGUGCUAAGCAGGUCCUCGCUGAAAAGCAUUCCUAAUGGAUUCCACAUUGCUAGCGACGGCCCAGACGAAGAUGCCACAAAGAUUACCUGUUCUGUAAGCGAUGCCAACUUGAUAGACUCCCUGUCAGAUUCCGAUUCUGACAUGGGCAGCACUGAGCAGCUGGACCAUGGAAGUACUGACACAUUAGCAAAUGGUUGCAAGGCAGAUCUGGAAGCUGCAAAGAGGCUUGCCAAACGCCUGUUUAACCUUGAGGGAUUUAAAAGAUGUGAUGUGGCUCGUCAACUGGGAAAAAACAAUGAAUUCAGCAAACUUGUAGCUGAAGAAUAUCUGAGUUUUUUUGAUUUUUCCGAACUGUCUCUGGAUAAAGCACUUCGAACGUUUUUGAAAGCAUUUCCUCUGAUGGGAGAAACGCAGGAGAGAGAACGAGUACUUGCUCAUUUCUCAAGGCGAUACAGUCGCUGUAACCCAGAUGAUAUAUUUUCUGAAGAUGGGAUACAUACCCUGACAUGUGCGCUGAUGCUGCUAAACACAGACCUUCAUGGACACAACAUCGGAAAGAAAAUGUCAUGCCAGCAAUUUAUAACAAACCUGGAUGGGUUGAAUGAUGGAAAGAAUUUUCCAAAGGAUUUGUUAAAGACGCUGUAUAAUUCAAUAAAGAAUGAAAAACUUGAGUGGGCAAUGGAUGAAGAUGAAUUAAGAAAGUCUUUAUCUGAACUAGUUGAAGAAAAACUUGAAACUGGGCCAAAGAAACUUCCGAGAAUCAUUAAUAAUAGUAACCCUUUCUUGGAUAUUCCUCAGACACUAAAUGCUGCUACAUAUAAACAUGGAGUGUUAAACCGCAAAGCACAUGCAGACAUGGAUGGAAAGAGAACUCCCAGAGGAAGAAGAGGUUGGAAGAAAUUUUAUGCAGUUUUAAAAGGAACAGUAUUGUAUUUACAAAAGGAUGAAUAUAAGCCUGAUAAAGACUUGGCAGAAGUGGAUUUGAAAAAUGCCAUUCGGAUACAUCAUGCCUUAGCAACAAAAGCAACUGAUUACAGCAAACGACCAAAUGUCCUAAAGUUAAAAACAGCAGACUGGAGGGUCUUCCUCUUCCAAGCACCAAGUGAAGAGGAAAUGCAUUCAUGGAUUUUGAGAAUAAAUAUUGUUGCUGCCAUUUUUUCAGCACCCGCGUUUCCAGCUGCCAUAGGUUCAAUGAAAAAGUUUUGUAGGCCUCUCUUGCCUUCAUCAGUAACUAGACUUACUCAGGAGGAGCAGCUGAGAUCACAUGAAAACAAAUGGAAACAAACAGUGGAAGAAUUAGCAGAGCACAGUUCACAUCCUCUUGAUAAGAGCAUCAAGUCCAAAGAAGCAGAAGAAUAUAGACUAAAAGAACAUUAUCUCAUAUUUGAGAAAAGUCGAUAUGAGGCAUAUAUUAACCUCCUGAAGACAAAGCUAAAAGUAGGAACAGAUGAUCUGGAGAAAAUUGAGGCAAGCCUUUUCAGUGGUGAAAAUGAUGAAAGCUACUUGAGGAAGACCCACUCUAGUCCCUCCUUAAAUCAAGGACAUUUGCCUGCAAAUGGCAAAGCUGAGAGGCUUGCUGUAGUGGAGAAGCAUUGAAAAGAA